CCAAACUGUCAUGACAUUGCAAAACUCACAAAAUAAAAGUUCAGCAGUGCUAUUUGUUUGGAAAAUUCUGGAAAAAUUACUGUAAAAAAAUCGCAAAACUCUUGAAAAUCGCGUUCACCGAAGAAAAAUCCACAAAAAUACGAUGGCGGGUGCUAUGUUAUUGGAGCGAGCAGUCAACAUUUCGUCGAUAAACAAAGGCGAGUCGAUUUCUUUGUUGCAGAAAAUCGUCCGUGACAUCGAGGUCGCCGACACAGAUGAGGAGCAGAUCCGCAUCAAGGAGCAGGGCAUCUUGCAGCUCGGCGAGUUGUACAAACAGGAGAAGAAAGCAAAGGAAUUGGCGGAUUUGAUCAAAACAACGCGUCCCUUCCUCAGUUUGAUCAGUAAAGCGAAGGCAGCGAAGCUCGUUCGUACGCUCGUCGAUUACUUCCUCGAUUUGGAAGCAGGCACCGGAAUCGAAGUCUCUUUGUGCCAAGAGUGCAUCGACUGGGCCAAGCAUGAGAAACGAACAUUUUUGCGUCAAAGCUUGGAAGCACGUCUCAUCGCUCUGUACUACGACACGGCGAUGUAUAGUGAGGCCUUGACGCUCGGCAGUCAGUUAUUGCGCGAAUUGAAAAAGUUGGAUGACAAAAAUUUGCUCGUCGAGGUUCAGUUGUUGGAAAGUAAGACGUAUCACGCUUUGAGCAAUCUCCCACGAGCCCGUGCCGCUCUCACGAGUGCUCGGACAACGGCAAAUGCCAUUUAUUGUCCGCCCAAAGUGCAAGCGUCACUCGAUUUGCAGUCCGGCAUUUUGCAUGCAGCUGACGAACGUGACUUCAAAACAGCUUUUUCGUACUUUUACGAGGCUUUCGAGGGUUACGACACCGCGGAGAGCACCAAGGCACUGACUGCCCUCAAAUAUAUGUUGCUUUGCAAGAUCAUGUUGGGCCAGAGUGAGGAUGUAAAUCAGAUUAUUAGCGGCAAAUUGGCGAUUACGUAUUCGGGUCGCGAUAUCGAUGCCAUGAAAGCCAUCGCCGAGGCGUCGCACAAACGUUCGUUGGCCCAAUUCCAGGAAGCGCUCAAGACCUACAGCAAAGAACUCAAGGAAGACAUGAUUGUCAAAGCCCAUCUUGGCACGUUGUAUGACACGAUGCUCGAACAGAAUUUGUGUCGCAUCAUUGAGCCGUAUUCGCGCGUGCAAGUUGCCUACGUCGCCGAGCAAAUCAACUUGCCCAUCCAUCAGGUCGAGAAGAAAUUGUCGCAGAUGAUUCUCGACAAGAAGAUUACGGGCAUCCUCGAUCAGGGCGAAGGUGUUUUAAUUGUUUUCGAAGAGACUGUUGUAGAUAAGACGUACGAGGCAACGCUUGAAACUAUCUCGAGCAUGGGCAAGGUCGUGGAUACAUUAUACCAGAAGGCAAAGAAACUCUAAAAUUUCCUCCAAUUUAUCAAUAUUAUUACAAUUUUUAUUUCGGAAAAGAUAAUUAGACGUCUACUAAUCCGCAUCUCCGGUCUAUAUCCCCAUAAUUUUGAUUAUUUUUUUUUAACUACCAUUCUUAGAAAUUUGAUGAGAAAUAAAAAAUGAAUAAAAAAAAAAA